AUGCUGCGGGUCGCAAAACUCUACGACCUGCCCCUGCCAGGCGCGGCAGCCACCAAGUCCGCGUUCCCGGGCUACUUCGGGGCGCUCAGUUCCCUCGACGACUUCUUCGUGCUGUCGUCGGGGAUGGUGGUGCAGGAGACGACCAACAGCGUGUUCCCACCGCGGAAGGGCAUGUGCACGCCAUAUUCCGUGCUGACCUGGGCCCGCACGGUGCUAGCCAACCGCAUGGCCACCGACGGCAGGAGCUGGACGGAGUGGUUCUCCCAGGAGAACAGUGGCACGAUCAACAACCAGUGGAUGGUGGUGGAUUACAACCGCUUCACCCCAGGGAGCCCACUGCAGAACGGGACGCUCUGGGUGCUGGAGCAGCUGCCGGGCUUCAUCGAGAGCGCCGACAUGACCCCACAGCUGCGGAUCAGCCACUGGCCGAGCUUCAACCAGCCGUACUUCCCCGCAGUCCGAAACCUAUCGGGCAACGACGCCAUGGCCGCGCGCUUCGGCCUGCAGUACACGUACGACCUGAACCCGCGCGCAAAACUCUUCCGGCGGGACGCGCCCAAGGUGCAGAGCCGUAAGGAGCUGCGCCGGUUCAUGCGCUACAACGACUGGCGCCACGACCCGCUGUCGGCCGCGGGGUACGGGGGCGCCACGGAGCCGCGCUCCGCCGAGAACGCCAUCGCCGCGAGGAGCGACCUCAUCCCCCGGGAGGCCGCCACGCCCGAGCAGGCCGCGCUCCGCGGGGCCCACGGCAACACCGACGCCAAGCUGGUGGGCCGGGGCGACGUCCGCGGCAUGCGCUUCGAUUUCGUGGUCGGCCCCACCCACGACGACCAGCCCGUCUUCACGUGGGCGGGGGAGUGGGCCGCCACGCCGCACGACGGGCACCCCGAGGCGUUCAACUUCACCUGGGCGUCCGCGGACUUCUCGCGCCUGGACCGCCCAGCGGAGGAGGGUGGCGAGCCCGCGGCCCAGGUGUUCGCCGUGUGACCCGUGCGGCACGGGGGGGCCGUCCGGCGCGCGAGCUAUGCCGCCCAGCUGGGGAGUCGCGCAGUGAGGGGCCGAUCAGCGGAAAGACAACGAGGGCUGCAG